AUGGCUCAUUCAAUAGAAGAAGAGCAACGGCUUGACCAGCCGGGCAAUGGCUCGAUUGCCAACGAGAAGCCCUCGGAGGUCAAAGAAGACGAGAGUCGGUUUCCAACUGGGAUGCGGCUGGCUGUCAUCAUCAUUUCAAUUCUAUUUGCUAUGUUCUUAGUUGCCUUGGAUCGAACUAUCAUUGCCACCGCAGUCCCCCGAAUCGCCAACCAAUUCAAUGCCCUCGACGACAUCAGCUGGUACGCCAGUGCGUAUCUCUUGACAAGUUGUGCCACCCAGCUCUCCUGGGGCAAAGUGUACACUUACUACUCGACCAAGAACGUUUUCUUAGCCGCAAUCCUGGUCUUCGAAGUCGGAUCGGCGCUCUGCGGCGCUGCCCCCAACUCGAAUGCCUUCAUUGUGGGACGUGCGAUAGCAGGUAUUGGUUCAGCAGGUAUCUUUUCUGGCGCGACGGUGAUCAUCGCACAGAUCGUUCCGCUAGCUAAACGGCCUAUCUACGUCGGUUUAAUGGGCUCAACAUUCGGCUUCUCGUCAAUUAUCGGACCCCUACUCGGCGGUGCACUCACAGACAAAGUUACUUGGCGCUGGUGCUUCUAUAUCAAUCUUCCAAUCGGCGGUUUCACCCUCUUAGUCCUAUUCCUGUUUCUAGCGGUCCCGCCGCCGCCCCAUACCUCCACCUACACAUGGAAGCGGCAGAUCCUCCGCCUGGACCCACUAGGCAGCGUACUGUUCCUCCCUUCCGUGAUCUGCUUCCUGCUUGCCCUACAGUGGGGCGGCACAACCUACCCCUGGGCGAAUGGACGCAUCAUCGCGUUAUUCGUGAUCUCAGGGAUCUUGAUGAUCGCCUUUGUCGUCGUGCAGGUCUGGCUCAAGACAAAUGCGACCCUGCCUCCGCAUAUCUUCAACCAGCGUAGCAUUAUUAGUGGAGUCGUCUUCGCUAUAUGCGUCGGUGGCGGGCUCAUCUCUAUGUUAUAUACCCUACCGCUAUGGUUCCAGGGAGUGCGCGGCACCACUGCCGUGAAAUCUGGCAUCGACACGAUCCCUAUGGUCCUCGCGCUUGUUGUCGGAGCCAUCCUUUCCGGUGGUAUCAUUACCGCCACUGGAUACUAUGUUCCAUGGAUGUUUGUCGCGGCGGUUCUUAUGUCGACCGGCGCAGGGUUGAUGACGACCUUUAGGUUAGACACCAACCACGCUGCCUGGAUUGGAUACCAGGUGCUAUUUGGUAUCGGUAUCGGUACUGGACUGCAGCAGCCGUCUCUAGCAGCGCAGACUAUCCUCCCUAUGGAAGAGGUCGCUAUCGGUGUCUCGCUUAUGUUCUUUUCUCAAUCGCUCGGUGGUGCGGUCUUCAUUGCUGUAGCUCAGUCGCUCUUCCAGAAUUACCUCGGCGCAGAAUUGCCCCAUAUCCAGGGGAUCGAUUCUGGUAAGGUUCUAGCAGCUGGCGCGACGGGCCUAGUCGAUGCAGUACCGGCUGACAAACUGACUGAGGUUCUGAUUGUGUACAAUGAUGGUCUCCACCGGUCAUUCAUCGUCGGUGUGGCUGUUUCUUGCUUGAUGAUCAUUCCGGCGCUGACGAUGGAAUGGAAGACGAUCAAGAAGGACAAUGGGUCUGUCCCGGCUGCUUGA